AUGGUGGAAAAGGAUUUUUGUCAUUCCUGUUUGACAGCAGUGAGGGUACUACGAGUUUCUCUAGUGGAUGAACUAGAAGGACACAUUGACUCUCUGAUAGAAGUUUUAGUGUGUCGGGAAGUCUUCACUCGAGAUGAUCGCGAAGAAGUGUUGUGUCAGCCAGGACCCCGGGCAAGAGUGAGAAAAGUGCUGGAUAUCCUGGAGUGCAAAGGCGAGGAAGCAGCUAAGAUUUUUCUUGCUGUCAAAAGUCAUUAUCAGUACUCCAAAGAAGUGAACACAGAUCCACCUCAGUCCAAAGAGUACAACAAAGUCAAACAAAAGCACAAAGAUGUUCUCAGGCGCAGGAGUGAGAGCAUGCUUUUCUACAACACCCGGCACGGAGAGAAAAUCCUGUUUUCUGAGCAUUACGUCAAUCUUCUCUUAGUUGACGGACACCAGGGCUUAGAAAAUAAAAGACACGAGGUGCUGACCUUUGGACAAAAGCGACUGUGUCUGCAACAGAAGUCAGCGGUGCAUAAGAAAAUCACACCGGCUGAACUGUUUUCAGCUGCAAAGGCAGUUCGUCGAGUCAGGAAGGUUCUGGUGUCUGGGGUGGCCGGAAUCGGAAAAACUAUCCUGGUGCAGAAGAUGUUGUUCGAUUUCGGGGGAAACAAGGACCACCUUGCAUUUGACUUCAUCAUACACAUGACCUUUAGAGACUUGAAUCUGAUUGACAAACCCACAAACCUCCGAGAGUUAAUCUUGCGCAAAAACAGGCACCUUGCUAAAGAACUGGAUAACAUCUUGGCAAAUGACAACAAACUGCUGAUCAUCCUGGAUGGCUUUGAUGAAUUCAGACACUGCAGGAGCUGUGACAUGGACGUGUUUGUGACUGAGCCAGAUGAAGAUGCAGAGGUUGAGGAGGUCAUUGGGAGCUUGAUGCAGGGUGAACUACUAUCAAACGCUUCUGUAUUGCUCACAAGUCGGCCUGUAGCAAUCAGCUACAUCCCUGUGGGCUGCAUUGACCGCUUUGUGCUCAUUACAGGGUUCUCCUUAGCCGAAGUUCAGGACUUCUUCUUAUGUUAUUUCCAAGACAGUACCCUUGCUGACCGCAUGUUCUCAGUUGUAUCUGCAAAUGAACUAAUGCUGACACUGUGCUACAUACCUGCAUUUUGCUACAUUGUUUGCUGCAUCCUCAAAGAGAGCAAAGACCUCUGUGGAGAAACCCCCAAGACCAUGACGGAUAUUUAUGUGCAAUACUUGGUGGCUUUGCUUCGGUCUCAUACCCAAGCAAGAGUUGAACCAUGUCUUCAAGACCAAAGAGCGGGGUCAGUCCAGCAGCUGUCUGAUACUGUUUUAAAGCUAGGUCGACUUGCCUUCCAAAAGCUAAUGGAGCAUCAGACAUUAUUCUAUAGCAGUGACCAAGAGGUUGCAGCAUUAGAAGGUUGCAGCCUCGUUAGUACCUUCCUUGACAAGACAAUUGCACAAGAACCCGGCUGCACUGAAGAGGUUUACUCCUUUGCUCAUCUUACUAUUCAAGAGUUCUUUGCUGCACUUUACUGUGCGGUGACAGAUCACCCUUUGCCUGAUGCACUUCACUGCACAUCAAGUCCUAGAGAGGAAUCAAGCAGUGGAAACUUGGACCUUUUCAGCCGCUUCCUGUCUGGAAUCCUCUCUGAACGCAAUACCAGCUUGCUGUCAAGGCAGGUGGGGAUAUGUUGCCACAAAGAAAAAGUGGAUGCUCAUCGACACAAAAUCAUCAGAGAAGUGAGAAUGCUCUGUGAAAAUGGAGCCCACAUCCUAAACCAUUUACACUGCCUGUUUGAGCAACAGGACCCUUCCUUAGCCCUUGAAAUGCAACCAAAUAUGCUACGAGUUAAUGUUAGCGAUGAAACGCUCUCUCAAAUGGACUAUAAUGCCAUCAAGUACUUCCUGAACCUCACCAAGGGUAAGAUAUCAGAGCUGGAUCUUACUGGGACUGGAAUAAGCUGUGAUACACUAAGAGAUAUUCAACAUCUUUUGCACAGAUGUGAGAGUCUUUGGCUUGGAGAAAACAACCUUGAUAUGGAAACAGUUCAGGUCAUUGCUAAUGUGCUGCAGGAGUCAGAAAGCAUCAUGUACCUUGGACUUGGGUGGACAAACAUAGGUGACGAUGCACUUCUGGUCCUUUCCAGUGCCAUACGGGUGAAAAAAAAGCUUCAGGAAUUGUGGAUGGAGGGCAACCGUGUGAGCCACAAAGGUCUGUUGUCACUGAGGGACUUGAUCCCAGAUCCUCUGAAAAAAGUUGUGGCCAUAUGGAAUGACCUGACUGACACAGAGCCAGAGUGCGUGCAGACCAAGGACAACGUCACUGUGAAUUUCACAGAUGAUGCCAUGUGGGAAGAGUGGGGGAAAUGGGUUUUCAAAAGGUGUGAGGUCACCAGCAAUGAGAAGUUAGUGAUGGUACUCCACAAAGUGUGCAACAUAUCGACCCACUGCUUAGAAGCCCAGUGGGCGAAGACCUUCUACAAUCAACUUUCGCAGCUCAUCAAGAGCAGAAUUGAGAGCUGCACUGAGGAGGACGUGUGCAAGAAGCUCAAACAGUUUGACAGCAUUUUGAACCUGUGA